AACGAGACGACAUAUAAACAUCAUUUCAUUUAAAACACAUCAAAUAUCAUUCAUGCAGACCAUCGUUGUCGGAAAAUAUAGCCGAAUUUCUUUUUUCGCCAUUUUGCCAAUUCUCUUCCAAAUUGUUUAUUCUUUUCUUGAUCAUUUAUACAUUUCAUAAUCACUCCCGCUAGUUAUUGCGGGUUUGUUUUUUUUUUUUUGUUUUUUUAAAUUUCCUUCUCAAGAUUACAUAUCUCUAUUUCAUUUAAUUGAUCCAAUAUUCUUCCCUUUUCUAUUAUACCUUGCAUGAAAAAACUCACGAGAAAUCAAAGCAGUUAUUUUGAUAGGAAAAAAGAUAUAUAAUUAUUUGUAAAAAAUGAGUGGAGGUGGAGAUCAAGGAGAAGGGUCAUUGGAAUUUACACCAACAUGGGUGGUUGCUGCUGUAUGCACCGUCAUUGUUUCCAUUUCUCUUGCUCUUGAACGUCUCCUCCACUAUACUGGAAAGCAUCUGAAGAAGAAGAAACAGAAGCAUCUCUAUGAAGCCUUACAGAAAGUUAAAGAAGAGUUGAUGCUCUUGGGGUUCAUAUCCCUGCUAUUAACAGUAUUUCAAAGUCGUAUAGUCAAAUUUUGUGUGCCUCAUCGUGUCAUAACACACUUACUUCCAUGCGCGUUAUCUUUGGAGGGUUCUUCAUCUCAUGAAGAGCCUCAUGCUAGAAAUCAGUCGGUUCACUAUCAUGCUGGUCCUCCUCACCAUCGGCAUUUGCUUGCAGAAGAAAUGACUGCUGAGGGUUACUGCCAUAAAAAACAUAAGGUCCCGUUACUAUCUCUUGAGGCGUUGCAUCACCUUCAUAUUUUUAUCUUUGUCUUAGCUAUCGUGCAUGUGACUUUCACUGUUCUGACUAUUAUAUUUGGAGGAACAAAGAUACGUCAAUGGAAGUCCUGGGAGGAUGCAAUAGUGAAAGAUAAUCCUGAGUCCGAACAUGAUCAUUUGAGACCAGCAGUUACCCAUGUCCAUGAACAUGAUUUUAUCAGGAACCGGUUUCAGGGUAUCGGUAAACAGUCAGCCAUUUUGGGUUGGGUGCACUCUUUCUUUAAGCAAUUUUAUUCUUCUGUCAACGAGUCAGAUUAUAGAGCACUUCGUUUGGGAUUCAUUAUGACACACUGCAGGGGAAAUCCAAGAUUCAAUUUUCACAGGUACAUGAUACGUGCACUGGAAGACGAUUUUAGGACAGUUGUCGGUAUCAGUUGGUAUCUCUGGAUAUUCGUAAUCCUCUUCUUGUUGCUUAAUAUUAAUGGUUGGCAUACAUAUUUCUGGAUUGCUUUCAUCCCUUUUAUUCUUCUGCUUGCUGUGGGGACAAAAUUGGAGCAUGUGAUUAUACAGUUAGCUCAUGAGAUUGCUGAGAAACAUGUAGCAGUAGAAGGUGAAUUGAUUGUAACACCAUCUGAUAAUCACUUUUGGUUCGACCGACCUCAAAUUGUCCUCUUCUUGAUACAUUUUAUUCUCUUCCAAAAUGCUUUUGAGAUAGCAUUUUUCUUCUGGAUCUUGUUCCAGUAUGGGUUUUACUCCUGCAUUAUGGGAAAAUACGUGUUCGUUAUUCCUCGGCUUGUCAUAGGGGUAUUCAUUCAGGUUUUAUGCAGCUAUAGCACAUUGCCACUUUAUGCUUUAGUCACACAGAUGGGGAGUCAUUAUAAGAAGUCGAUGUUUGAUGAUCAUGUUCAAGCUUGUCUUCUGGAUUGGGCUGAGAAGGUUAAAAAGAAGAAGGGACAUAAGGCUGAUAGAGAUAGCUUUAGCCAUUCAACUGAGGGUUCUUCUCUAGGAUCACCAAUGUCUGUAAAUGGGCACAAAGAAUUAAAUCAAACUGGGGUUUAGCUGACACUUGGAUCCAUGUGAUUUAGAUUGUAUUGUGUAAAACUGGAGUAUGAUCAAAUAUUCAAUCUUCUAAAUAUGGAUGUAUGAUAAUAGUGCCAAAAAGGUCUAGAAUCAGUUCCUGCAUAUAAAUCUUGGGCUUUAGAUUUUUAUUUUGCGUGAUGA